UUGCGAGUAGAGAGCCUUUUUUUCCCUUUUUUCUUUUAGGAUCCAGUUGAGAGCCACAUACCUAGGCGGGCCUCCUCUUCCUCCUCUGCCCGCCGAUUAGCCUGCGACGGCGCUGUGCUGCGUCGAGGCGACGGGUCAAACUCGCCGUCGAACCUCGCCCCCCGUGCCUGCGACCGCACCCUAGCCUUCGCCCCUUAUCCGGCCUACGGCGUUCCCCUUCCCUCUCGGCGCGAAGGGAGAGAGGGUUCACAGUCCUCGGCCGCUCGCUCCUCGCCUGUACCCAUCGCGCGUGGAGCCGGUGAGGGUCUCGUGGACGGGCACGACGUGGGAGGAGGACUUGGGAUCCGCCAGCAUCCAGUAACGGAGGAGGACGGGAGAAAUCCUCUUGCUCUCCCAGUUCGGUUGUUCCCCGCGAUUGCCGGCGACCGGCGCCUUCAGCUGUCCGCGAGUUGAGGUGAGCUGUCUGUGAUGAUACUAGAUGAUUUCCCCCGAUUUGGUGAUGCCGCAUUAGACCUCUUUGUUUGCUGAUUUCACUCCGAUAUCGCACUGCCCGCCACCUGUUUGAAGGAAUGCUCGAGAUGGCUGCCGUUAGUGACAAAGACCCUUUUGGAGACCUCCCUGACGAGCUCCUAUGGCGAGUGCUAUCCUUCCUGCCGGCGGACGAUGCCCUGCAGACCUGCGUGCUCGACACCCGGUGGCGCGACCUCUGGAGGCACGCGACCAGCCUGCUAUUCGUCUUCGAUGGGCCAACGUUCCCACGAUACAAGCGUUUCGAACAGUUGGUGAAGCUGGUCAUCCAUCUCCGCGGGAACUCGGCUCUCAUCAGGUGCGAGAUUGAUGCAUAUCCCCAUGAUGAGCCGGAGGAUACAUUCACAAACACCAGGCUGUUGAUUGACUACGCUCUGGCAUGCAAAGCUGAGGAGCUCGUGGUAAGAGCUGCGGUGUUCGAUGUGCCUCUCAGUCUCAUCUCUCGACAUCUCAGGACCAUACACCUUGAACGGGUGAACCUUUACUGCUCUGACCUGAAGUUCUCAGGCUGCCCAGUCUUAGAGGAUCUAACAAUUCAAUUCUGCAAUAUUCAUGCACGCAAGAUGUCAUCCAAAUCACUAAAGCGCCUAUUCAUCAUCGAUUGUUGUUCUUUACCUGACAUCGUGCGCCUUCGGAUUUGUGCCGCGAGUCUCAUCUCACUGCAGCUAGAGGAUUUUGAAGGCUUGACACCUUUUCUUGAAAACAUGCCAUUGUUAGAAACUGCCCAUGUUAAUCUUGACGAUGGAUGUCAUGAUCACUGUCGCAGUAAUCGGGGGGUUUGUGAUAAUAUUUUCUGUGGUUGUCAUACUUAUCCUGUCAAGGAGGGGGUGCUUCUCAAUAGUUUGUCCAAUGCUGCUAAGUUGGACUUGAUAGCUUUACCUAAAAUGUUUCUGUACAGAUGGGAUUUGAAAUGGUGCCCCGUCUUUGGCGAAUUAAAGACUCUGUUACUCAAUGAGUGGUUUACGGCUGUUGACCUUGUUUGCAUUCUCCGACACUCUCCAGUUCUUGAGAUACUCACUCUUCAGCUUGAUAACACCGAGAACAUUGUAGGAGCAACAGGAGCCCAAGAAACAAUAACACAAUCAUUUGUGUGUGAACACCUAAAGUUCGUUUACAUUGAAUGUGAAAAGGUUGAUGAGGGAGUUGGUUUAAUCUUGAAUAUCUUAAGUUCAUGCGGCAUACUUCAUGAGCAAAUUAGCAUCAAGGAGGAUCCACAUUCAGACUCAGAUUAUUCAUCCACUGAUAGCGACUCCACUGAUAGUGACUAAGAUGAGUGGUCGGUCAUGAUGUUCGCCUGAAGACUUCUGUUUCUCCGAAGAAUCUGCAAUGGUGGCCAUGUGUUGGCCGUUAGCCUUUGACCGUGACGUUCUGUUUUUGCUUCCCAUCUUUGGUCUCUGCUGGAAAUCUGUCCUUGUGGUUUGGUUGGUGCAACUUAACAAGACAUUUUGCACUUUGUCAGGAAUCUGCCAGGAAUCUAAAUGAUGGUUGGAACGUGGCUAUGUUUCUGUAAUCUGCUGGUAAUCAAAAUGGUGCUUACAUACAUAUUUUGUAGAUCAUCAAUAUGUUACUAGUAUUCUUAUGUCCCUGUGCGUCAUCAGUAUACACGGGAACUGUACAUGCUUCAGAAAUCAUGGGUGUCCAUGUGCGCUUAUAAUCCUGGGUGAGGUAGCGAAGUAAGUUUCCUCUUGAUAUGUUGAAGAUUGUGGGAACAUCACUAUCAUUUCAAUCUGAAGAAACGGUCGCGUUGCUGCUUGAGUGUCACCUCAGAAGAAGUUGAAGUUCAAAUUAUCAUUCCGUUUCAAUGUUUCAUCCUGGUCUUGAAGCCGGGAAUGUGGUUCUGUACCUCUUGUAUCUGCCUAGUCUGAAACUUGCUGUCUUUCUUCUGAUUC